AUGGAGCUUGUGGAACAACUGCGAAUGUAUAUUCGAAGCCAGGGAAGCCUGCAGCUCCUGGGCAGCCGCACCCACCGGCAGCCUCUGAUCAUUGCCGUUGUUCUGCAGCUGAGUCAGCAACUCUCGGGCAUCAACGCCGUUUUCUACUAUUCCACCAGCAUCUUCGAGUCAGCGGGGGUAGGCCAGCCGGCCUACGCCACCAUAGGAGCUGGUGUGGUCAACACCGUCUUCACGUUGGUCUCGGUGCUCUUAGUGGAACGGGCCGGGCGACGGACCCUCCAUCUCCUGGGCCUGGCAGGCAUGUGUGGCUGUGCCAUCUUGAUGACUGUGGCUCUGCUUCUGCUGGAACGGGUUCCAGCCAUGAGCUAUGUCUCCAUCGUGGCCAUAUUUGGCUUUGUGGCCUUCUUUGAGAUUGGCCCUGGCCCCAUCCCCUGGUUCAUUGUGGCUGAGCUCUUCAGCCAGGGGCCCCGCCCAGCAGCCAUGGCUGUCGCUGGUUUCUCCAACUGGACGUGUAACUUCAUCGUUGGCAUGGGUUUCCAGUAUGUUGCGGAUGCUAUGGGGCCCUAUGUCUUCCUUCUGUUUGCCGUCCUCCUGCUCGGCUUCUUCAUCUUCACCUUCCUCAAAGUGCCUGAAACCAGAGGCCGGACGUUUGACCAGAUCUCCGCCGCCUUCCGCCGGACACCUUCCCUCUUAGAGCAGGAGGUGAAACCCAGCACAGAACUUGAAUACUUAGGGCCAGAUGAGAAUGACUGAGAGGCAAGGCAGGGUGGGAGCGCCACCCUCUGCAGCCCCACAGACCCCUCCUCUCCUCAACAGCACUUUAGCCCUCUUUUCCCGUUACCUCCAGGAUGGAGAAAACUGCAGCCUGGAGAACUGGGAAGCCGAGGGAAGGGUGGUUCAAGUACCCCCUCAUUCCCCUCCGGUGACUCUUUUGGAUUAUUUAUGUGUUGUGGCUAGGCUAUGGCCACCCGGUGGGCUCUUCUCCUCUCCUGCCUUCCUCCUGCCCCUACCCAGACUCAGCCACAGAAAACUUCUGUUCCCUUUAGAGAAGUGGACCUGCGGAGGUGAGGGCCGCGCUGAGUUCAGUGGGAUGAGCAGGAGCAGGGGUGGCCACGGGAGGAGUGAUUUCCUACCAACUGAGACUCCGCCCACACUUGGCAGUUCCCCUGAAUUCUUGCCACAUAGACUCUGGGUGAAGGGGGUUCUGUCUUGACCCCUCCAGGGCAAAGGACACACCCUCCCAAAAUCUAGCCUCUCCUUGGUCCCUGUAGGCUCCACCUUCCAGGGCAAAGGAACACAACAGUAUAUACCUGAACAUGGCAAGGCGCAGUAGUAGCAAGCGUCAGUCUCUAGACUCAGGGGGUUGGCCGCUGUGUCCCCGGGCUGCCUAGUGUGGCUACCAGCUCUUUCUUGUCCCCCUCCGGGAAGGGUGCUAGACCCAAAAGCUUUUGACCAACUAAAGGCAAGAGGGGAUUUGAAAGGCUGUCUAUAAACACUGGCUGGGAGGGAGCCUUUGGAUAUUUUUGUAUGUUUUGAAUGGGUAGGGAGCAGAAACCCAAGGGCUACUGUAUUAAAUGUGUAUAUAGAUUCAUCCAUAAAGUCACUGUAUGAA